CCAGUCUGCUGGACGGACGUACUUUCUCAAGUGGAUCAAAGAUUACUGAGGAAAAAAACCCGGCUUAGUCCUAAACUCAGACACAUAAGUCAUAAAAAAGCAGAAGAGGGCAGUCUUUAGCGGGAGACACGGGGAAACCUCUCAAAUGCUGCACGGGACCACAGCAGCACAGUUAAAGGUUACGGGAGCACCACCGCUGUAUAGGGAAAUAUCACAAUGCAAAUGGAUCAGACGUACGGGGAGGUGAAUCAGCUCGGCGGUGUGUUUGUCAAUGGUCGGCCGCUUCCCAAUGCCAUCCGGAUCCGGAUUGUGGAGCUGGCGCAGCUGGGAAUCAGACCCUGCGACAUCAGUCGACAACUCAGGGUCUCUCAUGGAUGUGUGAGCAAAAUCCUGGCCAGAUACAACGAGACCGGCUCCAUUUUGCCCGGCGCAAUCGGUGGGAGUAAACCUCGGGUCACAACGCCAAACGUGGUGAAAAGCAUAAGGGAUUAUAAACAGGGCGACCCUGGGAUAUUUGCUUGGGAAAUACGCGACAGACUGCUAGCCGACGGAGUGUGUGAUAAAUAUAAUGUUCCGUCUGUGAGCUCCAUUAGUCGCAUUUUAAGAAACAAGAUUGGGAACCUGUCUCAGCCGAGUCAGUAUGACAGCAAAACCUCCCCGCCGCAGAUCUCCUACAAUCCCGUGUAUCCGUACUCAUACCCGAACACCAUGUCACCCACCGGCUCCAAACUUGGCAGUCCUCCGGCUGUGUCUGUCAGCUUGUCCCGAGCCUGGCCCUCAGUCCACACCGUUAGCAAUAUAUUAGGAAUACGGGCUUUCAUGGAUCCUGCAGCAAUUGCUGGAUCAGAGAGUUAUCAGCCCAAAAUGGAGGACUGGACGGGCGUCAACAGACCUUCGUUUCCUUCCGUUCACGGAGUCAACGGCAUCGAUAAGCCCCCUUUAGAAAGUGACAUUAAGUACACCCAGGCUUCAUCAAAUUUAUCGGGAUAUGUUCCUGCGUGCGCGUACUCCGCCACUAAUCAGUACGGUGUUUACGGUGGACAUGGUAAUUACGGGCACUGGCAGUCUCAGAGCGCAGGUCUCAGUCAUCCGAACACCGGCACGAUGAUCCAGAGCCCAAACCUGCACAGCGCAUUAUCCUUCAAAAAUACUAGCCGAGAAGCUGUAGAGAGAAAGAGUCCACUGAGCAAACACCAGCACGAGGGUCUGAGCGCUGUUCAUGGACUCUCAGACUCAUAAGAACACAAAGACCACCGAACAGAAAAGCAAAGCACCACUUUCAUCAUGCAGUUCAUCCUUCAUGUGCAGCUUCAUGGGCUCGUUCAUCAGUAAGUUCUGGAUAAAACACACCUGAAUGUUUCACACCGUUACGGACAAGUGGGAUCUGAAGCUGUGGAGAUACUGUACCACAGAAGAUUUCUGCAAUAUUUGCAGUAGAUUUGUUUGUUGUUGUUGUUUUUUAUGGUGCAAAUCAGUUAUAGUGUCAGGCUGUUGUUAUAAAUGGACUGCAAUGGGGUUGAAUAUUCUCUUGUUAGUAAAUCAGCCUUGUUAAAGUGGUUAGGGAAAUGAGUUGCAUUUGUAUGUGUCUGUAUGAUAUUGAAUGGCCUUUGAGUUGGUAAUAUGUGCAUAUCUAUUUUUAUAAAUUUAUUUCUGCUUAAUAAAGGCAUGGCAAAAGUGAACUGAA